GAGGACGUGUUGGUGGUGACGUUCUUUGUGACACAGGAACACGGUCUCCUCCUGCAGGACUCGCAGCCUAAACCUGCUACGCUGCUCUCUCUACUGGCUUUAGAUACACCGUAUUACUAUUAUAUUUGCAAGCUCUUAUUUCGGAGGGGAGGCCUCGUUCUCCCUGAUCUGGGUGAGGGUGGAGAUCAGGUGGUCUCGACUCCCGCCGCUGCGCCCCAGGUGCCUUCGUCCCCUCAGAUGGUAGUACGACGAGCCCUCCGAGACUUUGUGGGGUUGGAGAGCUGCGAGAAGCAGACCCGAGAUGCCAUGCUGAACUUUAGCUUCUACCUCACUAUAGGGGACAUGGAUGAAGCAUUUAAAGCCAUCAAACUCAUCAAGAGGUACAUGCACAAAGACGCCGGUUCAACACUCAUGCACUCGCAUCUUACCAGAGUGAUGAUGUUCAUAAUAAGUAAAUGUGCAA